AUGAGGAGAACAAAGGAAAAUGAUGUCUUGAGAGAAAGUUCAUUCAAUAGAUACGGCAAGAAGAAGCAUAAAACUUUCCCGUUUCCUAAAUCUGAGGAGCCUGACCUCAUGAACCAAAGUGCAUGCGAUAGCUUAUUUGGAAGGGAUAAUUACUACGGAGCUAAAGCAACUAUAAAUGUUCGUGAGACUAUUGUAUAA